CAAGUAGUGCAAUGCACAAAAAGUCAUCUCUUUCCCCGUGCUUUCUUCCUACACGUGAAGUUGACGGAGUCUCCAUUUUUCUCAUUCGCCAUUAACGCUUCAGUCCAAACUUCACCUUCCCCAGCUCCCAGUUUUCUACAAUCUCUCCAUUUAUAUUUUCUUGCUUGACCCGGGCUUUUUUGGUGUUUUUUGAGAGUUUUUUCUUAUCUUUCUGUUCCCAAAAUCACCUGUUCAACCUAGAAUCAAUCUUAUUUGUUUGAUCGGAAAAUCAAUUAUGAGAGGAAAAUGGGAAGUAGUACGACUUUGGGUGUUGUAUUAUCUACUUCUAUCUGGGUUUUUUCAGGGAGUUUUUUCUGCUUUUAACCUGCCUCGUCCACCAUGGAAGAAACAGUCAAAUUUUGGUUCCUCUGUUGUUUUUCCACUUGUUGGGAAUGUGUAUCCAAAAGGGUAUUAUCAGGUGACACUCAAUGUAGGCCAACCCCCCAAACCUUACUUUCUUGACAUAGACACAGGGAGUGAUCUCACUUGGCUCCAAUGUGACGCACCUUGUGUAAAAUGUAUUCCAGCACCUCACAGUCCGUACAAACCGAAUAAAAAUGUUGUCAAGCAUAAGGAUCCCAUAUGUGCAUCACUUCACUCACCUGCAAACCAUCCCCGUCACACUCCUGACGAUCAAUGUGACUAUGAGGUUGAGUAUGCGGAUCAUUGUUCAUCCUUGGGAGUGCUGGUCAGAGACGCAUUUCCAGUAAAAUUCACCAAUGGGAGCUCCAUUGCUCCUCCUCUGGUGUUUGGUUGUGGGUAUGAUCAAGAAGUGCCAGCCUCUGAGCAUGCACCUUAUACGGAUGGAAUUCUUGGCCUAGGAAAUGGAAAAUCAAGCAUAGUAUCACAGUUGAGUAGCUUGGGUUUUAUCCGGAAUGUAGUAGGUCACUGUUUAAGCGGGCAAGGUGGAGGUUUUCUUUUCCUUGGAGAUGAUGUUGUCCCGUCUUCUGGGAUUGUUUGGUCACCUAUCGUCCGUGAAUCUUCAGAGAAACACUAUUCUUUGGGACCGGCAGAUCUCCUUUUCGGUGGGCAGGCAACUGGAAUAAAGGGUCUACCGAUAAUUUUAGACAGUGGAAGUACCUUUACCUACUUCAAUUCCGAAGCUUACAAAGCUCUGUUGUCUUCGAUUAAGAAAAACAUAGACGCAAAGCAGCUGACUGAUGCAGUGAACGACAAAAGUUUGCCCGUCUGCUGGAAAGGCUCCAAACCUUUCAAAUCCCUUAUAGAUGCUACGAGGUACUUCAAGCCAUUGACACUUAGUUUCACAAAAGCUAAGAAUAUUCAGCUUCAACUGACACCGGAGGCUUAUCUUAUUCAUACUGAUAAGGGCAAUGUAUGCUUAGGGAUAUUGAAUGGUUCGGAGGUUGGAUUAGGAGAUGUUAAUAUCAUCGGAGAUAUUUCUAUGUUAGACAAACUGGUGAUUUACGACAAUGAGAAACAGCAAAUUGGAUGGGCUCCAGCAAACUGCAACAAGCUUCCAUCGUUGUCCUGAAUAUAUCAAUGAUUACGGUGAAGAUUUUGGUGACAUAUCAUAGGAAGAAGCAGUCAGAAAGUAUGUCAGUAUUGUAAGCAUAUCAAUGUUUGUAUUU